AUGUCUAUUCUUUGUCAGUUUGGUUGUCUCUCUCGAAUUGUUGUCUUUGGUUAUAUUUACAAGAAAAUUAUGUUUCAAAUUAAGGUGUUCGGCUUAGUACUAUUGUUUUCUGCCAUAAUCCAGUGUGAAAAUGGUAAACAGAAAAUGAAUUUAACAGCACCGAAAGAUAUGUACGUUGUACGUGCAACAGUUUACCAAGUCGGCAUUCUCACAAACCAGACCAAUGAAACUGCAUUAGAGAGUUCAGGUCAUCAAGAGGCCAUCACUAUUUACCGUAAUAAUGGUACCGGAAGUGACUUGAGUUCUAUCCCCGAUCCAUUACUAACCAAUAUAACUGCGGAAAAAGUAGUUGGACUAGCUCCUGCUUCUAAGGAAUCUACACCAUGGACCGUACUAAAAAAGCUCGUCUCUAUUCCACAUCUUCAAGCAAAUUCAAGCACGUCGAUUGACAUGGAAACAAAUAUCAAGAAAUCAAAACGCGAUACCACUAAGAGACCAAUAGAAGUAAUUAAAGGAGCUGCCAUUAUCCCUUCCGAAGCCGGUGUACAAUCUAUUGCAUUACCUCCCCUUCUAACCUUCAAUAAAAAUUUAUCCAAAAUACCCGUUCCUAUACCCAAUAUGUCGGUUAUAAGUUAUGCUAAGGUUAACACCUUAGUCCACUCGCCU